GUCGCAUGAUCUUGGAUGCCUUUGCCCAGCAGUGCAGUCGAGUUCUUAGCCUCCUAAAUUGUGGAGGCAAACUCCUGGACUCCAACCAUUCUCAGUCCAUGAUUUCUUACGUCAAGCAGGAGGGCUCAAGCUACACUGAAAGACAGGAUCCGUGUCACAUUGGGAAAGGGGUCCACAGUCAGACUUCAGACAAUGUAGACAUAGAGAUGCAAUAUAUGCAAAGGAAACAACAAACUUCUGCCUUUUUGAGAGUUUUCACUGACUCCCUACAAAAUUACCUGCUCUCGGGGAGCUUUCCAACUCCGAACACCUCAUCGGUCAGCGAGUACGGCCACCUGGCCGACGUGGACCCUCUGUCAACCUCCCCCGUGCAUACACUAGGAGGCUGGACCUCCCCGGCAACGUCUGAAUCCCAUGGUCACCCAUCGUCUUCUACGCUGCCCGAAGACGAAGAGGAGGAGGAGGAGGAGGAAGGCUACUGUCCCAGAUGCCAAGAGCUGGAGCACGAGGUCAUUUCACUGCAACAAGAAAAUGAAGAGCUCAGAAGGAAAUUAGAGAGCAUCCCAGUGCCCUGCCAGACUGUUCUAGAUUACUUGAAGACGGUGCUACAGCAUCACAACCAACUCAUGAUCCCACAGCCAGUUGAGCAGCCCUCCGAGGGAAGCAAGCAGCUGUUGAACAACUAUCCUGUCUACAUAACGAGCAAGCAGUGGGACGAGGCUGUAAAUUCUUCAAAGAAAGAUGGGAGACGGCUCCUGCGAUACCUCAUCAGAUUUGUUUUCACAACCGAUGAGCUUAAGUACUCAUGCGGCCUUGGGAAAAGGAAAAGGUCAGUGCAGUCAGGAGAGACAGGUCCCGAAAGACGCCCUCUGGAUCCAGUUAAAGUAACAUGCCUCCGAGAAUUCAUUAGGAUGCACUGUACCUCCAACCCCGACUGGUGGAUGCCCUCGGAGGAGCAGAUAAACAAAGUGUUCAGCGAUGCUGUGGGUCACGCCCGGCAGGGGCGCGCGGUGGGGACUUUCCUGCACAAUGGUGGCUCGUUUUAUGAAGGGAUCGAUCACCAGGCCUCCCAGGAUGAAGUCUUCAGUAAGAAUUCCCAGGAUGGGUCUGGGGAUUAGUGGACAAAACCUUUCCAUUGCAGCAGCCGGUCCUCUCCAGAGUCGCCAUUGUGACUGUCUUGUCUCCAUCACUGUAGAGCCCACAGCAUAGCAUCUGUCAGAAUGUACAUCCUCACUCUUAACUCUCUUGACCUUCUGUCGCAGUUCCCAGAUCGAAAUCCAUUUUAGGGUUGUUGGGAAAGUCUGUGCAGCCUACCACAGAUUUUCAGAAUACUAUAUUAUAAAAAGUAAAGGCUACCAUUGAUUUUAAAAGAUUACAUGGUGAGGAUGAGGGGGUGGAGACAAACUCCUGGUCACCUGUCUGAAAUCUUCAUGUAAGUUCUGCUUCCUGCGCAGAGCUGGUCCUUAUGGAAGAUUGGGCUGCGUUCCUGCCCACGAGGGAAGGUAGAGACAUGGGUUACUAUGGAACAAGCAUUCUCUUUAAUUCAAAUAAGUCAUUUUUAUGUUUUCCAAAGACUUGAAUUCAUGCUUCUCAGCAAAGAUAUCAGAUAGGUGACAUAAUAUGCUGUGUCUCCAUUGACAGAGCCUAUUAUUAAAUAGAAACCAGAGAACAGAGGCCAUCUCUAGACAGUGAUUAGUUGAAAGUCAGCUAUUUUUCUCAAUUAUUUUUACCAAAAAAGUCCUACCAUGUUGAUCAGGAAGGCACUAGAUGAUCUCUGGAGUUUACAGAGAGUAUUAGUUUUCAUUAUGUCAGUCAAGAAACAUCCAAAGAUCCCAACCAUUGUUAAAUGCUUGAUUUUGUAGGUUCCAAUAACCUAAAGUCAGGCUCUGUUGACACAAUGCCAAAGUGGCGGGUUAAACAAUGAGAAUUUCAGCCAGUCGUUUGGUGCACUGAAGACCAAACAAGUGGUGUGACUGAUGGUAUUGACUGAGUUGACCAGAUGUUCUAGAAUUGCGUACACACAGCUUCAAGGCCAUUCUGACAACUAUGCAAUGGGCUUGUCUAAUUUCUCUGAAACUUGAGGGUCUUUCUGUGCUCAGUUGAUCUUUAGAAUUUGCAUAAAACUUAUGUUUCUCGUUGUCACUGAUGAAAAUUGUUUCUUCCCAACUGUGAGUGCCUGCUUCCCCCAACAUUCCCCUGAGCUGAUUGGUUGAGUCUCACGUGUGAAAUCAGUAGUGUCUUUGGAGCCAUUUCUUACCCAGAUGCUGCAGAGAGGCGAGGACCAGUUCUGAGGGCCUCGGGUUUGGACCU